UUCCCUGCUCCAUGUUCUAACAAGCAAGAUGGCACAUUCAAAUUAUAUUUGGGCCUUCCAUUCAGGACAAACCAGAGAUUCUUACAAGUGGCCUGACUUCAGAAGGUCUGGGAGUUGGGGUCUGGAAAGGAUCCAGAAAAAGGAAGUCUCAAGCAGACCCCUGCUGGACUAUCAAGAAUACCUUCACAGACUCCUGGGCUCUGAAAAAGCUUCCUAUUUCUUGAAGCCACCUACCACAGAGAAGCCAGUUACCCCACGGGUGAGGCGUCUGCUGGCGGCUGGUGUUGAUAUGGGGGCUGAGGAGGUAUGGAGAGCCCUGCAUGAAGAACCCAAGUGCCAACAUGAGAUUGCAGCAAGUAGGAAGGGCCAUUCACUCUCUGAGCAGGUGCCCUGGCUGGGACGUCCUGCUACCACCCAACGGCUACAGCAAGUGGCUAGCUGGCAGCACCGGCUAUGUACGAUGCAUCGUCUCGGGAAGCAGCGCCAAUAUGCAGCCCUCUGUCUCCUGGCCAUGAAUCACCCUCCUGACCUCAAUGACUCCUAUGGAACUGAAGGCCCCACCCGCUACUUCCAUACUACUUUGAGCAAGGAGCAGGUACCAUCGCCUGGCAUCAAUCCUUCUUGGACAUGCUGCUCCUCCAGCUGCAAGAGAAAAACACGGGAGCAACUUUCCCAACGCUACGCACAUGAUGCAAAGUAGAUCCUGCCAUCCCCAAGAAGUGACCCUGAAUGAGGAAGGAUGUUUCAACCCCAUGUUGCAUGUCCUCCAUUCAGGAAGGAGAUCAAGAGUUCUUGAUAGAUGAUUCCUUCAGGUCCAUCUAAAGCUGCCUUCUGCCCACCAGAGCAAAGCUACUUGUUAUGCUGAAUGAGUCUUUACAUUUGGACGUGUUUUAGAAUAAAACAGCUGCAAGGAACAGAUGGCUGUAAACCAGUUCUCCUCAUGCACCACUUGUAAAUCACCUUCCUCCUCUUCCAGUAGUUAUUGGUCCCAACACGAAAUCAGUGCCACUCUAUCACUGGAUGUGUUUGAUUGGUAUCUAUGGAAAAAAGAAUCUGACCAGUUAGGGCUGGGUUUGCACAACAUGAGGGAUUCACCUCCCUGCACUAGCAGGACUCAAUCAGUGACGACCAAGUCAGCUAGGAAUGGGCAUGUGUAAUGCCCUCCUCUUAGCUGCCACAAAAGAGGUUGGAAGGUCUUUUUAACAAACAAUAAUAUCACAGCAGCACAAUAA